AAAGCACUGCAUCAUGCCAUUGAAAACAGGACUAUUUCUCUUCCUGUUCUUGUUUACCCUCCAAGCCACCAGAAUCAAAGACCUCAGGAGUGAUGAUCUGUCAGGGAUCAGAAACGUCAAAUACAGACAUUUCUUAGAGGCAGCACGACCAGUCAGACAGCUGCCGGCUGCACGAAUUGCACUCGACCAGAACAAGCAUCGCGCAAAAAGAUCUACACUCUUCAGCACAGGGGUCAAAGUGUGUCCUCAGGAGAGCAUGGCAGAGGUCAUCUCAAGUCAUAAAGCCUACUACAAACUGAGAGUCUGCCAGGAAGCAGUAUGGGAGGCAUUCCAGAUUUUUCUGGACAGAGUACCUGACACUGUGGAGUACCAGCAGUGGGUAUAUGCCUGCCAGAGAGACUCAUUGUGUGUGGAUGACUUGGCCCGAAACUUCAGCAGCACCCAGGAACACCUUGACAUGGUGGCUAGGCAAGUGAGUGCUCAAGAGGAACUGGAGGGUGCCCUAGCCACAUCUACGCCAGGCGAGAAAUGUUCAAAGACUACUGAAGAGCUACUUGUUACGGAAAAAGAGAAGACUGGAGCUGUAGGCACUGUCCCUGCAGAGCUGGUAGAGCACAUAAUCGAGUUCAGUGUGACUGUGGAGGAUCCUGGUUACAGCGAGCUACUGACUGACUCUGACACCUUACCCUAUCAAGAUGUCACCCAGAGCCUUCACGAGCAGAUGCUGCACAUUUUCAGCAAACUUCCUGGGUUUAAGGAGGUUCGACUGCUGGGAUUCCGGUCUGGAGGUGAUGCACUGCGCUAUGCUGUGGUGUUUGAGACAGAAGUGGACUCUACAGGGAAAGAGUCCUCAGAGACAACUGGUGAAUCUGGCACAGAAACAUCCCUGAAGGACAUGGUGGCAAAGGCCCUGAGUGAGGACACGUCCCUGCCUUUGGACAUUCAUUCCCUCAGCUUUGAACCAGAGCUACCAACAGACCAUACAAGAUAUUUACCUGGGGGCAUUAUUACAAAACCUACAGUGGCCAUCACGGAGGAGAGUUUUAAGUCCACUAGCAUCUCCACAGGAGAUGCAGCUUCUAACAGAACACAAGGGAGGAGAGAUGAGGAGGCAGUGGAUAACACUACAAAGGAAAUAUUCAAACAGAUGCCUCCUACGACUACGUUAGUGACCAUUACAGAGCAACUUCCACCUGAAUCAACUAAAGGCUCACAGCUGGAGGAACCUGAGGAGAAAAAUCUGAUCACAGAGAGAAUUCAAAUAACUGAAGGACUAAAGAGGAAUACUACUUUGGAUUACCCUUCAAAGACAUCUGAAGUCCAAGAGGAUCUGAGAAAUGAAAUUGCUGUCACAGCUGGGUCACCGAACUUGAGCUCUUUUGAAGUAGUAACAGCAUCAACUUCUGUUCAGUUCUCAGUGGAUUUGGUUACCGUAUCAGAAGGUUCACAAACAUCAUCAGUUACGCCUUCUUUUACCUUCACUGAGGUCCCUAGAGAGCAUGUUGUAAGAGGUGAUGCUGUUGGACCCGUGGAUAUUCCUUCAGAAGCUCCAUCCUCAGUACCUCCUGAGCCAGACAGUCCUAUAGACUACCCUGAGGUACCUAAUGUGAGCAAGCCCACUGAGUCAGUAGAGUUCCCAUCACUACCCAGCACUACAGAGAAGCCAAUAAAGCCUCCUCCACCUUCCACACCCACGCCUGUUUCUCCAGUAGACACACCCUCCGUGCCCUCAGCCAUACCAGAUGAGAACAUCCUAGAUGAGGAGGGACAACCUCUCCAGACACAUUCCCCUCAUCAACCAGAGAGCACACCAGAUAAUGACAUAAACAUGCAAGAGGAUGUAGAGCAGACCGAAGAAGAAACAGAAACAGGUGACAAUCAAGACUAUGGCGGCGGAUUCGAGCCAGACGAGCACCCGCAGUCUUCAGCACCCUCCCUGGACAUGGCUGCCAGCCAGGCCAAAGACCUAGUUGUGUUUUUUAGUUUGCGGGUGACUAACAUGGUCUUUUCAGAGGAUCUUUUCAACAAAAGCUCUCCGGAAUACAAAUCCCUGGAAAACACUUUUCUCGAACUGAGACAAUUUCCUGAACCCAAUAACUUGCCAAACCCAGAAGCUUCCAGUAAACAGACUGAGAGGGAACAACGGACAUUAGCCUCAAUACCGCUUCUUCCAUACCUGCAGUCCAAUCUGACUGGCUUUAAGGAGCUGCAGAUUCUCAACUUCAGAAAUGGUAGCGUGGUGGUAAACAGCAAGAUGAAGUUAGCCAAACCGGUGCCAUAUAACGUCACAGAAGCUGUGCACUGCGUUCUUGAAGACUUUUGUAACGCCGCAUCCAAAAGACUGGACAUUGAAAUCGACACCCAGUCAGUGGAUGUUGCAGCAGCUGAUGAUGGUGAUCCAUGCAAGUACAUGGACUGCAACAAAUUCUCUCGCUGUGUGGUGAACACGCUGACCGCUGAAGCUGAGUGUCUGUGUGAUCCCGGCUACAGCACCGUGGAUGGGCUGCCCUGUCAAAGCAUCUGUGACAUUCAGCCUGACUACUGUCUGAAUGGGGGCCAAUGUGAGAUCAUACCAGGACAUGGAGCAACCUGCAGAUGUCCUGUAGGUAAAUUCUGGCACUAUCAUGGAGAGCGCUGCAAUGAACUGGUGUCUUUGCCAGUUGACCCACUCCUUUUCGUAGCCUGCCUGGUGGGAAGUCUCACCAUGGUUUGUGCUGUGAUAGGCAUCUUGAUUUUCAUUAACAAGAAAUGUAUACGGACGAGGAAGACGGUGACACUAGUGCAUUCACACUCCUCCCUCCCCUUUGAGGGCACUAUGAGAGUGAAUCCAGGUUUUGAGAAUGACGAGGGUAUCUUGACUCAUGUGUCAAGCAUCAGCUAUCCCAUGAGCACUGACUCUGGGUCUUCUCAAUUUUCUGACCAAGGCACAUUUCGGUCAUUUGACAACAUACACCUUAGUAUUGAGAUGCCCAGACAACUCUACGCAAGAAGGUCAGAAAAGUUAGUGCCAGAAAUGGUUGAUUUCCACCACUGUAUACCACAUCAUGAGACAUGGCGGCUGUCUAAUGAACACAGGACCUCAUGUUGUCUUCUGAGGGGACCAGACAGUGAAGGGUUUGAAGUGACCGUUUUAUGA